CCCACCCUGUCAAACUUCCACGGAACGGAAUCAUUUCAGUUUUCACCGAAGUUCACUGUUGCGUACAAAUUACUUUAUAUCCAAGGAGUUUUUGCAGCACAACGAUUGUUCAUUAUCAUCAAAAAUGCCGUUGAGGUUGGAUAUCAAGAGGAAGUUGAUGGCGAGGUCGGACCGCGUGAAAUGCGUGGACCAGCACCCGACCGAGCCAUGGCUUCUGUGCUCGCUGUACAACGGCGACGUCAACAUCUGGAACACACAGACCAACACCCAAAUCAAGAGAUUUGAGGUAUGCGACAUCCCGGUCAGAGCGGCGAAGUUCGUGCCGCGCAAGAACUGGGUCAUCACGGGCUCCGACGACAUGCAGAUCCGUGUGUUCAACUACAACACAUUGGAGCGGGUGCACGCCUUCGAGGCUCACUCCGACUACGUCAGGUGCAUCGCCGUGCACCCCACACAGCCUUACAUCCUGACCAGCAGCGACGACCUGCUGAUCAAGCUAUGGAACUGGGACCGCAACUGGGCGUGCCAGCAAGUGUUCGAGGGGCACACCCACUACGUUAUGCAGAUCGUGAUCAACCCUAAAGACAACAACACCUUCGCGAGUGCCAGUCUUGACACCACCGUAAAGGUGUGGCAGCUAGGCUCCUCCAUCUCCAACUUCACGCUGGAGGGCCACGAGAAGGGCGUCAACUGCGUCGACUACUACCACGGCGGCGACAAGCCCUACCUCAUCAGCGGCGCUGACGACCGCCUCGUCAAGAUCUGGGACUACCAGAACAAGACCUGCGUGCAGACUUUGGAAGGUCACGCUCAGAACGUGUCGGCCGUGUCAUUUCACCCGGAGUUGCCGAUCCUGCUUACGGGCUCGGAGGACGGCACCAUCCGCAUCUGGCACGCCGGCACCUACCGCCUCGAGUCCUCGCUCAACUACGGCUUCGAGCGCGUGUGGACCAUCUCUUCGAUGCACGGCUCCAACAAUGUUGCUAUAGGGUAUGAUGAGGGUACCAUAAUGAUCAAGGUGGGCAGGGAAGAACCAGCUAUCUCCAUGGACGUCAACGGAGGCAAGAUCAUCUGGGCCAAGCACUGCGAGAUGCAGCAAGUCAACUUGAAAGCCCUGCCUGAAGGCACAGAAAUAAAAGACGGCGAGCGCGUGCCAGUGGUUGCCAGGGACAUGGGAUCCUGCGAGAUCUACCCUCAGACGAUUGCGCACAACCCGAACGGGCGCUUCGUGGUCGUCUGCGGCGACGGCGAGUACAUCAUUUACACCGCCAUGGCGCUCCGGAAUAAGGCCUUCGGGACCGCACAGGAGUUUGUGUGGGCACUCGACAGCUCAGAGUAUGCGACCCUCGAGAGCUCCAAUACGAUCAGGGUGUUCAAGAACUUCAGGGAAAGGAAGAGCUUCCGCCCUGAGUAUGGCGCUGAAGGCAUCUUUGGUGGAUUCAUGCUGGGUGUGAAAUCGAUUAGCGGUAUGGCUUUCUCCUUCUACGACUGGGAGAACCUGGAACUGAUCAGACGGAUAGAGAUCCAGCCUCGACACGUGUAUUGGUCAGAGAGCGGCGGUCUCGUGUGCCUGGCCGCCGACGAGACGUAUUACGUGCUCAAAUACAACGCGGCCGCGGUCGCACGCCGCGACCCCGCCGAUGUAUCGGGAGACGGGAUAGAAGACGCCUUCGAGGUCGUAUCGGAGGUCAACGAGACGGUGAAGACAGGACUGUGGGUUGGGGAUUGUUUUAUUUACACCAACUCGCUCAAUCGGAUAAAUUACUACGUGGGCGGUGAGAUCGUCACAAUAUCUCAUCUAGACCAUACGAUGUAUAUUCUGGGAUAUGUUGCCAAAGAAAACAGACUGUACUUGAACGACAAGGAGCUAAACAUCGUGUCUUACUCCGUUCUGCUGUCGGUCCUGGAGUACCAGACAGCGGUCAUGCGAGGAGACUUCGAGACCGCGGACCGCGUGCUGCCCACGAUCCCGCACGAGCACCGGACCAGGGUCGCGCACUUCCUGGAGAAGCAGGGCUUCAAGCAGCAAGCGCUGGCCGUGUCGACGGAGCCCGAGCACCAGUUCGAGCUGGCUCUCUCGCUGGGAGAGCUCCACCGGGCCAAGCAGUUGGCAGAAGAAGCCCAAGCUGCGGAAGGAGGCGAGCCUUCCAGGACGUCUGCAGCUCGAUGGUCGCGGUUGGGCGCGGCGGCUGUGCUGGCUGCUGACACAGAGCUGACUAAGGCUUGCUACCUGAAGUCCAAGGACAACGCGGCGCUGCUCCUCUACGCGGCCAGCACAGGUGACAAGGCGUUGCUGGAGGAGGUGGCGCGCACAGCGGCGGCGCAGGGCGACGACAACGUGGCCUUCCUGGCGCUGUUCACGCUGAACAACCUGCAGGCGUGUCUGGACAUGCUCAUCGCCCGCGACAAGAUGCCAGAGGCAGCGUUCUUUUCCAGAUCGUACCUCCCUUCGCAAACGUCAAACGUCGUGAAGAUGUGGCGCGACAAGGUGAGCGCGACCAACAAAAAGUCGGGCCAGUCGCUCGCCGACCCGCUACAGUACGAAAACUUGUUCCCGGAACACAAGGACUCGCUCACACUGGAGGAGUUCCAACGCCAACACACGCUUCUCCCGCCCGCUGAAGUCUCAAACCUGGACCGCGACCUGGCCAAGGAGAUGGAGGAAGCCAUCAAGAAGGAACUCUGGAAGCCACAGCCCCUGGAAAGCAGCGAAUCGUCGACACAGGAGCUAGUCGAUACGCUAUCGGGCCCGAGUGAAACCUCGCGCAAGCGCAAGGACUCGCUCGAGAUUAUGCAAGAGAUCGAGCGGGAGAUCGACGACCUAGCUUUAGAAGACACCAUCGAUAGCGUGGAUUUAUACGAUGACGCCGACCUAGACGAUUAGCAUUAGUUGUAUUAAGUGUAUUUAAUUUUCUAUUCUGUUAUUAGAAUUAUGUAUUUCCAGAAGUGCUAGUUAUGGUGAUAAACUUCUUGACUACGGCGCCAAAGCAAAUUUAAUGAGAUUUUAUUCAAUAAAUGACAUUUUACAGACAAUUAUCCAACAGAACCUGAUUAAAUUUACUUUUGUGGCGUGACUGAGAAGUGUAACACUAAUUAUGUGUAAAAUUAAAGUAUUAUACAGAUUUUGUCUAACUUACUGUUCAAUAGUGAAGAAUUGUACAAACUUAUUGUUCCUUUAAAAGUAUCGUUAAAUUGAACCGGUGCCUAAUGUCAAUAAUAGUUUUUGCCAUCUUAUCGGCUGUAGAUGAAGUGUAUUGUCUUGAUAUAGAUACAAUCAGAUCUUCUCACUCUAAGCGUCAAAUCCUUUUGAGUACUACCAAAUCAUCGAAUUUUGAUUAGACUCAUUUUCGCCUGUGCGUAGAUAACCAUUAUUUGGAAAUCGUGCCAUCUGCACUGGUCUUUAAUCUUUAUCUUAGCAUGGGGAAAUACAUUUGUAUAAAAAGGCCAAAAGAGCGAGAUUGCUGAUAAAAUUAUUUAUAUUCUGUCUAGCUUUGUAUAGUAUUAUACUUAACAGAAUUGCCAUUCCAAAUCGAAUACGACGGAACGUUUGAAUAGUACACGAGUUUUUAGCCGAGUGUAUAUUUUAUUUGUAUUAUAAAUAAGUGUAUAAAAUUGUUCUUACUCACUUGCCGAUCUUUUAUGUGCAGUGUCAUACAAGUCGUUUGAUCGUAUGUUAAAUAUAUAUAAAUGUUUAUAAUAAUUUAUGCAUGUAUAAUCAUGCAUAAAUCGCCUUAGAGAAAUGUAGUUUUCUAUUUAUUAUAAACGACAUUUAUGGCAUUUUUAACAUAAUUAUGGUGAUCUAUGCAUGAUUAUUGUUUUUUGACUACUCAUAAUAAAUUAGUUUAGGUUAAAAUAGUAGAAAUUACCGAUCCAUCACUCGAGCCCGCUGUAGCACCUCCAUAACUAUUCCUGAUCGUAUUUAGAAUUUAUAUUAAAUUUCUAGUGAAUAAACAAGACAGUUAAUAAGUUAUUGAAAUAUAUGGAAUUUGAAAUCGAA